AUGCCGUCUUUCGCCAACGACUAUCAUACCGCGACGCCUCCACCCGUGGACUCGCCCCAGGGGAAACCGCACGAAAAAGCCCCCGUUGGAAAUACUUUCCUAUGGACCAAUAACUGGCCAAAUGGCGAUACUGCUAGUCACCGUGACGCCGCCGCCCCCUCGACCGACCGUCUUACCAACCUGAAGAAUGCUAGUGCCUACUCCGUCAAUGGUCACCGUUCCAGUAUCAGUUCCUCCCACAACCGUGACCUGCCCCAGUCCAAGGAUGGCAGUAUGUAUUCUCUGGGAAACGGAUCCGCGCGUGAUCCCCGCGAUACCGGUCGUCCAUCGACCACAUUAGACCGUGAUAUCAUCGCCGGUACUGGUUCAGGGGCCGGGUCAGCGGCAGCGUCCAUCUCUAGCCAGCAGUUCAUGGGGACAUCGCAGAGUUCCCGUUCGCUCUACAAUGGGAGACCAACCGUCAACGGGGACCACACCCCUCGACCCUCUGUCGACCAACUCGUCGCUUCUGAUUGCGCUGCAAAUGCUUCCAUGUCCGCCUUAUCGAGUUCUCAACCCGAAGAAAGCUUUGGUCGUCUCUCUUCAGAUCCCGGUCGGUUAUCGCCUAGGACUACUAGUCCACAUCGCUACUCUUCGCCUCCAGUCCCCACCGGCAUUGAUGAAGCCGCCAGCGGCAACCCACCACAAUCUCCAACACAGCAGCAACAACAACAAGAUCAGAGCUCGUUACGACAGCGACAUACGCUUCAGGUGCCACGGUCCGCUAGUGCUCGCCGGAACAGUCGUGAUCAUUCUGAAGAUACGGCACAAAGCAGCGGUCGGUUAUCUCCGACGGCAGGCAUCCGUCGGACUUCCAUGAGCCUUGCCCGCCGAACCACCCGAACGAACCACUCCGAUUCGAUCGCAGACGAGUCCAUCCCCGACGAAGAUGCUGCCCGUUAUGCGGAGGCUAUCAAGCAGCGCAGAGCGUCCAGGCGCCGGCGUCGCGACGAUGACGAUGACGAUCGGGUCAUCGUGGGAACCAAGGUGGACCAGAACCAUGUCAACUGGGUUACAGCGUAUAAUAUGUUGACUGGUAUCCGGUUCACGGUAUCGCGAAUCAAUGCCAAAUUGGAACGUGAACUUACCCCCGCAGAUUUUGAAGCCAAGCACAAAUUCUCCUUUGACAUCACCGGAAAUGAGUUGGUCCCCUCGGCCAAGUAUGACUUCAAAUUCAAGGACUAUGCUCCCUGGGUUUUUCGAAGUCUGCGAGCCAAGUUCCGCAUCGACCCUGCUGAUUACCUCAUGUCCCUCACAAGCAAAUACAUCCUCUCUGAAUUGGGAUCUCCAGGAAAGAGUGGUAGCUUUUUCUACUUCUCGCGAGAUUACAAGUAUAUCAUCAAGACCAUUCACCACGCCGAACACAAGCUGCUGCGCAGGAUCCUACCCGAGUACUACAAGCAUGUGGAGAAGAACCCAAACACGCUGAUCUCUCAGUUCUACGGUUUACAUCGUGUCAAAAUGGCAUAUGGCCGCAAGAUCCACUUUGUGGUUAUGAAUAAUCUCUUUCCGCCGCAUCGCGAUAUCCACCAGACUUUCGAUUUGAAGGGAUCGACCAUUGGCCGAGAUCUGCACGAAUCCGACCUGGAGAAGAAUCCACGAGCCACUCUCAAGGAUUUGAACUGGGUUCGUCGCAGCCGUCACAUUGAGUGUGGCCCUUCCAAACGGGAGUUCUUUAUUGCCCAGUUGCAGCGCGAUGUCGAGUUAUUGAAAAGACUCAAGAUCAUGGAUUACUCGCUCUUAGUAGGAAUUCAUGACUUGGAUCGAGGCAACGAGGAAAAACUCCGUGACAAGACAUUGCAGGUUUUCCAACCCGGAGGUGACCAGGAGGAUUCGUCUCAGAAUAUGCUCAUGCGCACGCCUUCCAAGUUGGAGAGUGAACGUAAAGCUCGUGAGCUGCGCAUGCUGAUCAAACGCGAGCGCCCGGUACCCCUCGACAAGGCGGCUGCGAAGAUGCCAGAGGAGAUUCUCGAUGAGCGGAAAUACCACGUGUUUUAUGCUGAUGACGGAGGAUUCCGUGCUACGCAUGAAAAUGGGGCCCCAGGCGAGGAGAUUUAUUAUCUCGGAAUUAUUGACUGUUUGACUCACUAUGGAACCAUUAAAAGAAUAGAGAACUUCUUCAAAGGCCUGUCGAACGAUCGAACGCAAAUCUCGCCGAUUCCACCCGAAGGUUACGGUGAUCGUUUCAUCAAGUUUAUCCGCGGCAUUACGAUGUCCAAGGAAGAAGCUGAGCGACAUCAAGAAUCCCGCGCAUUGGGCCGGCCAUCUGCGGAACGUACCCCGUCGGUUGAAAGAACCAUGCAGCAGGCGGAAAAGGAGGCGUCCAAGGAUGUUUCAAUCACACAUCCCCGGACAUUAUCCACCGUUCGGGAUCCUGCAGAUGCCAAUGGCCCUGGACCGAGCUCGACACUUCCGAUUGUGGAUGAAGCGGGCGAGGCCAGCAGUGUCGGGGGUCACAGUCAACAUAGUCGACAGGGACCUCCACCGCCUGCAGAGAAGGACCUCCCACCGAUUCCCAACCAGAAUGGAACCGAAAUGUCAGAGAAGGGCAAAGCAGCAGUUCGUGACGAGAAUCUCAGGCCCAACCGGGGUUAA